GAGGACCAUAAACGCCCUUAAUUCGGAGAAAUCAGAAGGGAAUGUAAAGCUUGGUUCAAAUGAGUUAGGUUUUGGGGGCAAAAACGUUUCUUAGGAGAAGGAGAUUUCAUCCAUGCUCUAACCGCAAAUACCCACCACAAGAAGCUCGAUCCAUAUUGACGCUUCUUUUUCUUCAGAAAACAGGUUUUUUAUUCAUGUUUCUUCUCCUGGCUUUCUGUUUCGGAAUCGGAAUGCUAUGUUAGUGCCUUUUCAAUUUCACAUUCGAUACCCAUAGCUAUCUGCAAAACGCAGAAAUCCCUUUUACUUUUAGCCCUCAAAAUUGCAGAGUGUCGCCUGAAGCGCUGCAUGCCUACUGAGAAAUUUCACAGAGAAAGAAUAAAGGGAGAGAGGGAGAAACCAUAUGGCUGAACCUUCAGAAAAAGUGCUUAAAAGAACCCAAGAGGGUGAUAAUACUGAUAGGUUGAGUGCACUUUCAGACUGUGUUCUCCUCAACAUCCUUUCGUUGUUAGAGACAAAAGAAGCUGCUGCCACCUCAAUUUUGUCCGUGAGAUGGCGAAAUCUUUUUCUUUCCCUUCCUGAUAUCAAUUUGCGAUUCUGUGUUGAUGAUGAUGCUUCUGACCGUGAUAGACUGUUUGAUGAGUUUGUGCGUUUUGCUAAUAGAGUGAUUGGACACAGAAAUAAGGCACCAAUUAGAAAGAUUCGCCUCUAUUUGAAGCAUUUUCUUGAAAGGUUCAGUGUGCCUUUUCAGUCUGUGUUGAUGUCUGCAGCUGCUGCAAUUUCGACUGACAAAGUUGAACAACUUGAUAUUUUGGUUGAGAUUGAUAAACCAACUGAGCAAUUUUCUGUUCCUUUACCGCCGGGAAUUCUUUCGUCUGAAACUCUUGUUUCCUUAUCACUAAGCCUUGAUAUGGGUUGGAAUGUUCCUGAUUUAGUUUGGCUACCGAAUCUCAAGUAUCUUUACUUGAUUUCGUUCAGAUUGGUAGAUGAAGAUUCUAUUCAGAGGUUUCUUCGGGGCUGCCCUUUGCUUGAAAAUCUGGUAUUAAUUGUGCAAUCUUUCAGCUAUGAGAAUGAGAGUGAGGAAAGCAUUAAAGUUGAAGCUCUUCGUGUCUCGAGUCCCUUGUUGAAAAGCCUGGUUCUUUGUUGGAAUGAAAAAGUUGAAUCAGAAUUCAAUGUUUUUGUGAAGUCGGAAAAUCUUGAGAGCUUGGUAUGCUCUCUUGAGGGACACCACAAAGUUACCAUAGAUGCCCCCAAUCUAAAGUCCUUGACCAUCAAUGGUCAUGUGCUUGAAGUGCACAUAAUUCAAAGUCUAGUGUCUAUUGAUGAGGCAGUAAUACAAGCAGAAUUUCUGUUUAAUGUGACAAGUGUAGAUGACUUAUUUUUUCGAGCUCAGCAUGCUUUUAAGUUUUAUAGUGGGUUGCAAAAUGUGAAAUCACUGAAUUUAUCAGAGAACAUUCUGAAGGCUCUCUAUUUUUCUCCACCAGUAAUGCCAACUUUCAGGAACCUGAUCAAGCUAAAGCUUACACCUGAUUAUUGCCACUAUUUUCCUCGAAGUGGGAUCUUACAGGUGCUAUCAAACUUAUUUGAAAGUUGUCCUAACCUUGAUGUGCUUAUCUUCAGUGAGGUGUUUGACAACUAUUUUGGCGAAGAUGAGGAAUUUGAUUCUGUUCUUCCGGUGGCUCUUCCACUAACUUUCAUUGAACAUCUUAAGGUAGUAGAAAUGAAUAAUUUUAAAGGUAAAGAACUUGAAUUCAAGCUGGUGGAAUAUUUUUUGAAGAAUGGAAGAUCACUAAAAAAGAUUGCUCUUGAAAGAGAGGGUUGGAAGUCUGUACCAAAAUAUUGUGACAGGAUACUGUCCUUCAAGAAAUGCUCAGAGGAUUGUCAGAUUGUAUUCAAAAAGAAAUGGGAUUUUAUAAAAUGCCCCCGAUUGCGACAGGCGAUGAAUUUAUCUCCUUAAUAGUGUUUUUUUGUGCCAAACUGAUGGGCAUAUAAUUCAGAUGCAGACUGAGAAAUUUCAGCUUCAUGGAUAUAACACCAUAGAGCCAAUUUUUUUGUGUAAUGGGAUUCUGUUCUGUGAUUUAGUAUUAAAUCAUCAGCACCAUGGAAAUGAAUGGCAGCUGACUAAAUUUACAUUUACAGUCUUAAUGAGAGCCUUUAGUUUAGAAGUUUUUCUGAAUCGGUCAAUCACUUAUUUUUAUUUUUAUUUUUUAAUUUGAUUAUCAUGAUUCUGGCUGUAGAAGUGUCCGCAAGUGUUCAAAAGAUUGCGGGUUUCCCUUUCAGGUAUUGUCUUGGUGAAGACCUUGAUUAAUUGUUCAACCAUU